UUCGAUAUCCUUCCGCGUUAGCUGCAGUUAGUUUGUAAACAGCUCGCGCUCUAGCAGGAACCUACGCUAGAACACACACACACACACUCUCCUCUCCUCAGGAAGCGUUCCGACAUGAAGUUCGUAUAUAAAGAGGAACACCCGUUUGAGAAGAGGCGGUCUGAGGGAGAGAAGAUCAGGAAGAAGUACCCGGACAGAGUGCCUGUGAUUGUUGAGAAAGCGCCCAAAGCCCGGAUAGGAGACCUGGACAAGAAGAAGUACCUGGUCCCCUCCGACCUGACAGUGGGUCAGUUUUACUUCCUGAUCCGGAAAAGGAUUCAACUGAGAGCGGAGGAUGCGCUUUUCUUCUUCGUCAACAAUGUCAUUCCUCCUACAUCAGCCACCAUGGGCCUGCUCUAUCAAGAGCAUCACGAGGAAGAUUUCUUCCUGUAUAUUGCCUACAGUGACGAAAGUGUGUACGGAGAGGGCGUGUAAUGCCUGGUCGCAUCUCAAUCAUCAGUGUUCACCUCAAUAAUAAAUAUACCCUAGUCCAGAGUGUGUGUCACAUGCACUUUCACUUCCUGUUCUCACUUUUGCAGUGUGUGUAUACAUUAUUCAUUAUUCUGGCCUGACUAAAAACUCUCGCUUCUGUUUAUAUGGAACACACACACUCACACACACACACACUCCCACUCUGUCACUUUCUUUUGUUUGUUUUUAUGAUUGUGUUUGUGCAUGUAUCAUGGCUAAAACUCAUUUAAUUAUUUUUAUUUAAAGCCUUGAAUGUUUUCUGCAAGAACCUUUUUUUUUGGUGCUUUUUUUUGCGUUUUAAUAUUUUUAUAGCCGUGUAAUUGUGGCUAAUAUAAUGUGAUGUAGAUCUGGUCAUUAGAUUUGCUUUUGAUCUUGUAAAAAAAAAAAAAAGAGAUUUAUUUCUUUUCAUGUUUUGGUAUCUCUGUUUCUGAAUGCUGUUGGUAUAAACGCAUUGGGAAAGCG